CAUAAAUUGUCCAAGCGCAUGGAAGGUUUAACAUAGUAACACGAUUACUUCUUAGGUCAAAAUUCUUUGCGAUUAAGACCAUCGGUAACGUACCCGUUUAAAUUCUACGUCGUAUAAAAUAUUUGCGAAAGCGCUUUUUCUCGCCCUCUAUAAUGGCGCAGUUAUCGGUGUCACUAAUUAUCUGGACAUUUUUGUUAUGUUUGAAAAUGGAUGUGAUUUCCUGUGUGAUCCAAGUUUACCGAACUGAAUCCGGCAAUGCAUCACAAGAACUGGUGUACACGGUACCAAAUGAUUACCAGUUGCUUGCUGGACAGCUAGACACGCAUCGUCCGGUGUACCUCAUAGUUUCCGAAUCCAACAACUCCAACAGUUCGGUUGGAGUAGCUGAUUUUCAGCAUGCAACAAAUCAGAGCGUUCCUCAGUUUGUUUUGUUAAGCGAUUUCACUGAAUGCUCAACAGAUGCCGAGUUCGCUGCCAGGAUUUUAAACGUGCAGAACAAAGGUUACGACGGUGUUCUCAUUUAUUGCAACACCUCUAUUAACCGCACACGAACGGGAAACAGUAAUUGGCAAAGAUGUUCCCAUUUCCUCGGGCCUGAUUCCUUCCCUAUAAUGGCUGUUAUUCGAAAUCAGACCAACAUCGCUGUGCACCUCGUCACCCCUAUGGAAGCUGCCGAACUGAAGCGUUUUGGAUUUACGGAUGACCUUUCCCAAAUCCGGUACACUCUGAAUUUUACGCUCGCCACUCCCAGUUCUCGGGUAAAUACUUCCGCAUUCAUCCAGUUGAAAGACAUCAUCAACCGGACAAGGUCGAGCAUUUCGCAAUACCGGAAUUUAUAUCCCGGAAUUUCUGCUAGUUCAUCCCGUACUUUGGAUAGCCAGGAUUGGUACAACAGAGAUGUUGCAUCGAGGUCGUCUGAAGUCGUCGUUUCGAGGUGGACGCCGCCGGUAACAACCCCAGCAACUUCGUACCGGGUCUAUCGACGCAGCUACAGUGGAAGCUGGGAGUACUCUUUAUUAGCGGUGAUAGCUGGCAUCUUCGGCCUCGUGAUUCGGUGCUGCUGCUGCGUUAGAAAACAGCGCAAGAUCUUCAGGAAUUCGCGGCGUUCCCAACGCUUAACCGAUGAGGAAAUCGCCGAGAUAUUAGCUAUUCGAGAAAUCAUUGUACGGAGACUCAUAGCGCGCCUCGUCGCGGAAGCGGAAGCUGAAGAAGCCGCGGAACAAGAACACCGAGCUGCCAACGGCACGCCCUUAACGGAAGCCGAAAUGGAACGUUUGGGCCAGGUGGAGGCCACCGAGGCAUUGGAUGACUUGUGUCCUACAUGUCAACAGAAUUUUACAGAGGGCGAGUUCAAAGUUGUUCUGCCGUGCAACCACGCUGGUCAUAAAGCAUGUCUGGCGACUUGGCUAACAACCUAUUCAAGAAACUGCCCAGUGUGCCGGCAAGCCGUUGAAUAUUCUGAUGUUGUUAACUCCGCGAAUAUGCCUGCCACAAAUACGGAGUUUACAGUCUAUAUCGACGUAUGAGACUGUAUGAGCACAUUUUUAUUCGGGUUGCAAGUGCUACGCCAAUCGUCACUAAUCAAGUUAUGAUUGCGGAGUCUGCUUGUUUGAUCUCAGAUACGGAGCCUCCAUAGAAUUUCUUAACGGGCUUGAAAGAGUCAGUGCCAAUACUGGAUCAUGUACACCACGUAUUCAGUGGCUUAUUACCUAUUUGUCAUACUUUUUGCGAUUAUCUUCAUCUUUCAACUUGAACGCAUCAUUCGCUUUUGUGAUGUUGUUCGAAUUCAAUUACUGUUCAACGUUCUUCGAAUUUUGCGGUCCAUAUAUUGUGUAUACGUUUUACAUCUAUAAGGGUGUGCUUAUACGGAAAAAGUGGUCGUUA